AAGUGUCGAGAGUCCUGACGACCAAAGGAGAAUCUGCUCUUUGUUUCCCUCGAUCACUUCUUUCCGUCCUUCACUCUUUGUUCACAACGGAGCUCCUUCCUUGCAGGAUCUACAGAACGCCGAUCAGCUACCCCGGAAUAGGAUUUCGUUUUUACGAAAGAAGGACAUUGCUAGCCAGUCACCUGGUCAAUAAUCAUGCCCGGUCGUAUCCUGGGAUUCGACUUUCCAUCACCUCUUCUUAGACCCGUCCCCGAAAAGAAGCGCAGCUCCUCUUCAGUACGAUCAGACCCCUCUCGUCACGACAGCAUGGAACAUCUCAGACGCCCCCACUUUGGCAAGUCUCACUCGCACGACAAGAAGGACAAGGAUGGCAGACGAGAGUCGAGUUUGGGACGUCAAGCCGCGAGACACAUCAAGCUCGACAUGGUCGUCGAGUCUCCUCCGGUCUUGUUCUUGGAUAGCCCCCAACAUUCUUCAGGCUCGCUCUUCUCUGGUCGCAUGCAACUCAUUGUAACCGGCACAACAACAGCUGCCAUCAAAUCCUUCACCCUCACAUUCAGAGCCAUCACCUCUACCAAGCGUCCUGUAGGAGACCACUGCAAAGACUGCUCCUCGAAAUCGACAGACCUCAAGGAGUGGAAAUUCUUGGGCGACAAUGCCGAAAUCGCAACCGGCAACCACGACUUCCCUUUCAGCUACCUCAUUCCCGGCCACCUCCCCACUACCACCCACGGUCACAUUGGCAGCAUCGACUACAAGCUAUUCGCCCGCGCCGAGACAGUCAAUGGUGAAAUCGCAGAAUACAUCCGCCCUGUUGUCAUCAACCGCGCCAUUCGUCCCGGAAACGACAAGAACUCGGUCAGAAUUUUCCCUCCUACCAACUUGACUCUCAACGUCACUCUACCCUCAGUCAUUCACCCCAUCGGCGACUUCCCCGUGUACGCCCGCAUGUCCGGCAUUACAACCAAGAAAGAAGAUACCCAGAUCAGAUGGCGCUUGAGAAAGUUGACGUGGCGCAUCGAAGAACAAGAAAAAUUCAUUUCGCCAGCAUGCCCCAAGCACAUGGGCAAGGUUGGUGGCGAGGGCAGAGGCAUUCAGCACGAGCACACCAGAGACAUUGGCAGCGAUGAUCUCAAGUCAGGCUGGAAGACCGAUUUCGCCGACGGUCAGCUUGAGGGCGAGUUCACCGCAUCCAUCGACAGCGGCUUAAAGCCUCAGUGCGACGUGGACAGUCCCUCCGGCCUCAAGAUCAACCACGUCAUGGUCUUGGAGCUGGUCAUUGCCGAAGAAUGGGCCCCCAACAAGAAGCCCAACCAAGCAACCCCUACUGGCGCCGCCAGAGUCCUGCGCACGCAAUUCAACAUCAAUGUCACCGAGCGCAGUGGUAUGGGCAUUGCCUGGGAGGACGAGCAGCCUCCUCUCUACGAAGAUGUACCGGCUAGUCCCCCUGGCUACCGUAACGAGAUCGACAAUUACGACGGUUCUGAACUGAACGAGGAUGUUGACCAAUUGCACCUCUCAUGAGCAAUUCGCCAUUCUUCCUUCUUCAUGCACGACGCAUGUUUCAUUUUCUUCUCUCUUUUAUUCUUCUGCACAUUAUACCCAACUGCACGAGUUUAUGGUCAUAGCUUUGAUUUAGCAAGCGAAACUGGCGUUUGGGUUAAAAGGUUGUCGAGCGAGGCGUUUGACGACCAGGAUUACAGACAUGGAGCAUCAGGGACUAUCAACUAGAUUUCGGGACCUUCUCACAUUCAUUGCAUCAACAGCGCAGUGAUAAUCAAAAGUACUUUCAACUCUUCAAAA